GUUAAAAGAGUUUAUUUCAGAUAGGGACUACUAUUAAGUUUUUAUAUUUCAGUGAAUGAAUAUAAUUCGAAGAAUUAAAGUGUUUCGACAAAAAAAUGCACGAUUUCCAAUACUUGUGUCGAUUCUGUUGAAGGGUGCGAGCAGUGACGGGGCCGGAGUCUAUGCAACAGCUGCAACCACAGUUUGAGGAGGCUACGCCAUUCCGUUGUGAAACCUGUGGGAAAUAUUUCUCGCGCAAGGACCACUACAAAAAUCAUGUGAUGUGGCACACCGGUGAAACACCCCAUCGCUGCGACUUCUGCCCAAAGACGUUCACUCGGCGUGAACACUUAGUGAAUCACACGAGGCAGCACACGGGCGAGUCACCGCACCAGUGCAACUUCUGCUCCAAGAGUUUCACCCGCAAAGAUCAUAUGGUCUAUCACGAGCGACAGCACACUGGUGAGACUCCGUUCCCUUGCCAGUUCUGUCCGAAGGCCUUCACUCGCAAGGAUCACCUGGUGAACCACGUUCGCCGUCACACUGGUGAGUCACCGCAUAAGUGUAGUUUCUGUAACAAAAGUUUUACGAGGAAAGAACACUUGACUAAUCAUAUCCGUCAACACACAGGCGAGUCGCCGCAUCGAUGCCACUUCUGCACUAAGAGUUUCACGAGGAAAGAACAUCUGACGAACCACAUCCGUAUACACACUGGAGAGUCCCCGCAUAACUGCGAGUUCUGUAACCGGACGUUCACGAGGAAAGAGCAUCUCAAGAGACACGUUAGACAGCAUGCGAGUGGCGAAGAGUUCAACUGUAUUAUCUGCAGUGCUCCCUUUGCAACCAAGGAAAAUCUUGUGGAACAUAUGUUGACACAUCCGAGAGAUCGACCGUACAUCUGUGGUGAGUGCGGCAAGUCAUUCCCUCUGAAGGGUAAUCUACUUUUCCAUCAGCGAUCCCACCAGAAAGGCCUCCCUCACGAGCGCCCCUUCCAAUGUGACCUGUGUCCUAAGGACUUUAUGUGUAAGGGCCAUCUGGUCUCUCACCGCAGAAGCCACACGAACGCCAAGCAGUACAGUGCUCAACAGUUUGAUAAAGCCUUUGACAAUAAGAACAGCAGUUUUAUGUUGAAGCAGAUCAUAAAAGGAGAGACCUCGGAUAUGACCGCACAUGUCAUCCAGACACCCAACUCUCAGGACCAAUAUGACGAAAAAGUAAACCCGUUCAUGUUGAAAGAAAUUAUGAAGAGCGAACUGACUGAGAUGAACCACGUCUCCUUACCUCAUCAGCAGCAGCAGCAGCAGCCUCCGAGGCAGUCUCACAUGGUGAAUGUAGCGACCCAGGCCAGCUUGCCAAUGCUACCUCUCAACAAUUCCAUACUUCAGCAACCUGCGGAAGUCCACCUCCAACAACCCAAUGCUCUGAUGGCAGCUGUGACGUAAACACCGCAACAUUGUAAGGUAAACAUGUGUCUGUGUAUCUAUGUAUAACUUAGUCAGUGUUUUGUCGCUAUGUGUGGUAGCUACCGUGUCUAGACUAGAGUAAUUUAAUGUAUUGCAUAAUAUAUAGCGACAUAUAUCCAAUGCACUCUGCAAGGACCACUGUUAUGUAGGUUUACUUAUGAUGACCAUACAUUAGGUCUGUCCAACACUUCACUGUACAGGUGCAGAGAAGAAUGCCUUUAAUAGUGUUUUUGAAGAGUAUAGGAACAUAAGAAUACAGCUUAUGUUAACCGAAUUAACGUACUAUGAGUAGGCUAUAUUUGUUUUCUGAUUUUUCUCAUUACGGUAAUACAGAUGAUUUAAAUAUGCUUAUUAAGUAAAAUAACUUCUUGAUCAGCAUCGUACGUGUUUUUAAAUUACCUGAAAGUAUAAAAUUACGUCAAAUAACACUUGUGAUAAUACAUAUAUUUACACUUAUAUAUUACUGUUUACUCACAAGACGGUAAAUAUAUAAAAAAGAUGGUAAGUGGUGGUUGAUUUCAAUUGGACACUCCAAUCAUCAUAAGACCCAAUAGGCGAGUGUUACUUGACGUAUUUUUGUAUUUCAGGUAUUAAGUAAAAGACAUGAGUAUGAUUUAGUACAAAUAUAUUUUGGUUUAAUUUUUGCGUUUUUCUAUGCCAUUGGCAUUAAAAAAUAUAGUUGUUAGGCUACAGUGGUAACCGUGGUCUUGCUUGUUACUAUCUAGUGCUCACCUUUGAUUAGCUGGCAUAUUUAAUUGAUCAGUAUCAAAGUAUUAUAACAGCUGGCUAGUUUGGUGUGGAUGUAAGUUAUGUAUUUUGUCUUGUCAUAGAAGAAUAAAAGUUAUUUGACCAAGUAUUACUUUUAUACAAAGUUCUAAUUUUUAACUGCUCACAUUAAUUUUAGUUUAUCUUUUAAUAAUAGUUAGUGAAUUGUUUUCAAUCAGAUUAUUAAUGAAGAUUUGACUUGUGAAUGAAGUGUUUUUAUGUUUCGGUUUAAACCCAUUUUUUUAUAUUUUAUAUCCGUUGAAUCUUUAAAGUUUAGUAGUUUCAUUUUGUUUGUACCCAUUAUAAAUUAUAUGAUGUAAACUAUUACAAAAUAGCAUAGCUCAGCAUACAUGAACUUGAGUUUGCAUAUAAGAAAAAACAACGUAACCUAGAUAUUUUAUGUAAAUACAAAUCAAAUUAUUCAGCCUUGACACCAUUAAUAUGUUUAUUAUAGAUAAUAAUCUACUUACGUAUGGCAGUAGGUGUCAAUUGUAGAUAAUUAUGCUGUACAUGUUUCAAGCCCAGUACGGCUCAUCUUCAGCAGCAUUCUUGUAUAUAAAAAUAUUUCACAUCGAGAGAUUACAGUAGAGAGAGCAGAGUACACAAAUAGGUCGUUUUCUCAGAGAUUUAAGGAACAUAAUGCCUCCAAACAAAAUAACCCUACAUCGAUUGUUGCACAACAUCUCAAGGAUAAUAUAGGUCAUAAAAUCGAAUUUGAAAAAUCAUUAAGUAUUUUGAAAAGUUGUAGCCACAAAAACAAAGCCAAAGUAUGGGAGGAAUUAUUUAUUUACCAACAUAUGAAAGAACACGGCAAUGAAACCAUGUUAAAUAUGAGAGAGGAAUAUUCGGACAAGAUCACCUAUCAGCUGUAUUACAAUGUAGAUAACAAAACUGGAAAUAAGAACCACCAGUCAGCUGAUACCGUAACGUCACUCUCCCCCUCCCGUGUCCGUGUUCCUCAGUAGGCCUACAAAUGUUGUCCGGUCGAGUUUUACUUAAACGAGCGUACGCUACGAAAAUACGUGUAAAUAGCAUGCUAGAAUGUUCUGUGUUUGUGUGUAUAUGUAAAUAGUCGACAAUCAUCUCUCGAUGUGAAAUAUUUUUAUAUACAAGAAUGCUGCUGAAGAUGAGCCGUACUGGGCUUGAAACAUGUACAGCAUAAUUAUCUACAAUUGACACCUACUGGCAUACGUAAGUAGAUUAUUAUCUAUAGUAAAUACAAAUACAAGAUUUUAAAGAUAAUAUUUAUGUUUUAGGAAAUUAUUAAUUACUUACAAGUUAAAUUUAUCACAUCGGUUGAAAAAAUUGAUUUUAAAAUAAAAUAUAAUAACCUGGAAACAGUGUCCCUCCACAUGAGCAAAAACAAAAUCCCGCUUACAUGGCCAAGAAAAUCCCGCUUUAUCCCACUGUAAUGAAAACUCCAGUUCUAUCCGUUCCCGCAUGAAUUUUUGUUCUAACUAGAGUGAUCUUUAUCAUGAGCCUGUCUUAGAAGCUCUUUAAACCUUGAUACAAUGCUGUGCUAUAAUAAUUUAAUCAAUUGGGGUUAGUUUUAAUCUGGAAAACGGUAUAAAAAAAAGAUCAGUACUGAAAAUCCUGUUUUAUCCUGCAUCCCGUUAUAUACAUCAUACCUUUUUAAUCCCAAGCAUUAUGUAAAAAUCCUGUUUUUGGGAUGACAAUCCCAUAAGUGGAAACCCUCCCUAAAAACUUCUGUCCUAUCUGUUAAUUGAGGGUUUAUUGAAAAACAUAAGAAGGUGGAAGAACAUUUUAUGGUGCAUAGCCUAUUUUGUAUGUGUAGUUCUCCAUACUUUUCCAAUUCUAAAUUACAUGGAAAAAAUGUGGUUCGGAUUCCACUAUAAACUAUAGGUCCCUUAGUUGUCAUUCGCUGUAUGGGCUAAACUAACAGUCCUGUCUAAGGAACAUGUCGGCCUUAGUAACAAGACACACCCUACUAGAUCCUCACCCUACACUCAUCUCGAUUCAUACUUGGCUUAAAAUACCUAUCUUUGUAUGGUCAGCAUUUCAAUUAAAACAUUAAAAGAAAGAAAAAAAAUCCUAAUUAUAAAGUCAAAAGUGGUUGUAUAGUUUUAGUUUCAGAAAGAUCUCCAAUUAUUAAACGUUGAUAAGUAUUCUACUAGUGCAAUGCACUUUCUAACAUAAACAACUUCAUUGUGCUAAGUUUAGCAGACAUUUUGGAAAUUUUCAAUGCCUGAAGAAAACCGGUUUAGUUUUUUAGUCUCUUGACUGUGAUAAAGUGAUUUUGAUCAAUGAUUUAUGCUUGGAUGAGCCCAAGCACUGUUUGCUCUGCAAGAGUUUCUGAUUUAACAAGGAAACAAACUUUGAAAUUAAAGUAAUAUUGUGAUGUUUUAUCGUGUCCUUUUUUAUGUGUUUUGAUUUGUUUUAGUUUUAUGCACGGAUCUUUUGGUUUGGUUUACAAAUGAUAGUACAAGUCAAUGUUUUUUAAUCAUACAGGAAUAAUAAUUUGUUAUUACAUGCCAUGGUACCCUAUAUUUUUUUAUUUAUGGUUUAGAAUAUAAUAUUUUCAAUGUAUAUACAAAUGAUGUACAAAUGUGUGUACCGUAUGUAGAAAUUUAAUUGCGUAUAGGUAGCAGUAGUGCUUAAAUUAAUUACUUGAUCAACAUAGCUUUAUGUCACUUUUAAUUGUAAACAUAGAUUGUUGUCAAGUCAUAAAAAAAAGCUUUGUUAAUAUACUAUUGAAACAAUAUACUCUAUACUUGGACACCGGUUGGGUAUCGUAAUGAAAUUGUAUUCCAAAAUUGUUGGUGACUAUAUUAGUUUUGUUUAAAUUUUGUUGGUUUUUAAAAGCUUAAGAAAUGUUUUAAUUGGAUGGACAAUACAGUACAAAGUACAACAUAGUAUAUCUAACAUUGGGAUACCCUAUGCUUGAGAAAGUUGAUUAAUGUAUAUUUAUCCAUCCGUUUAAACUUUUUUCUGGGGAUUGACUGGAUGACUCAUUUUUAGUUAACUGAUUAUCACUGCUUCUAAAUUAAUCACAGCUCUAUUAGUCCUAAAGUUGUUUAUUUAUACUUGUGCUCAAAACAACAGUCUAUUCUACACAAAUAUGCUUCUAAUAUGUAUACUUAUGGUAUUGUUGUAAUUCAAAAGAGAUAUUGUAUUCGUUCAUUUGAUGUGUUCUGGUGAUCUUAGUAAUAGUUUCCCGCGAUAGCCGUAACACUCGUUGCCAUUUCUUGCCGUCUCUGUGAAACCGUGAUCAUCUCCCAAGUUCAAGGCAAUACUCUUAACUUUAUAUUGCGGCCUCUGCGAUACCGCGAUCAUCUCCCGUGAUCGUGGCAACACUAGUGACCAUAUUUAAUAUGGUCACAUGCGACUACCGUGUUUAAAUAUGAGUAUAGUACCUUAAUAGUAUAGUACCUCAUACCUUAAUAUCUGGAAUUUUUCAUAAUCCUCUCAAAACCGCAGUAAAUCAAAAUGUUAAAAAUACCACUCUAAGUCGAAUAUUUUAAAUAUUAAAAAUUGAUAAGUCAAAUUUUGAUGUUAUACAAACGGAAAAAACCAAUUCUAUUUGACAAUUAUGGAGGAAAAAUUAAUCACGUUGAUCGUUUGUUUUGCAUAUAUGUCUUUAAAGCUUUGAAAAUAUAUUUGUUUUUUUGUAGUCCUUUGGUUGCAACCAAAACAACAAUUUUUGAACACAGCAAAUUCAAGCACUUGAUGGGGGCCCAUAUGUUACUUAUACUGAAUAAUUCAAGUAUAAACUUUAUUUCUCCGAUAUUGUUUGAAUAAUCUGCAGGUUUACAGUGUUGAAGAUAUUUUGUAAAAAUAUUUUAGCUUUUUUUUAUUAAAACUCAAUGUUCUAGUAUAUUACGUUACUAGUCCUGGAAAAUAAGUGUUAACCAGACGAGUGUGGUUGUUCCCGUGCAAGACGAAGUCGAAAACGGGAUUACCAUACGAUUCUGGUAAACACAUUUUGGACGAGUGACGUACGAUAGUUUACGCCAUACUAAUAAAUCUGUACAAAUCCUUAGCCUAUAUACCACCAAAUAAAGGACUAACAAUCACUAGUCUUAACCUCUAAGAGAGGUUAUGUUUUUGUUUACAUCCACUCAUCUCCAAAUACAGUAUAUCAGCUGGUUGGUGUCCGGUAAACUACAUUUGGUUAAGCUGGCGGCAAACAGCUGUUUUCAGAACUAAAUCCUUUUGUGGGAAGUUUGUCAAAACAGUCUAGUGUGGCGUAAAAAGCUUUAUUUACCAGCAGCCACUCUUAGAUUUCUGGUGAUAUUUUAUGCUACAAUACUUCAAUCUGGUAUUUUUACACCUUUGUAACAACUUUUAAUCGAUCACCUCUUAUUGUUAUAGUGUAUGUAAAGUCAGCUGAUGUAAGGUCAUUUGUUCAAUGAGCUUGGAUAAAAAUGUGCUCUCUGCUGGAUAUUUGUAACGUAAAACUCACUAGCCUUACCAUGUAGUUAGUUAUCACAAAGAAUAUAACUUAUUAAAUAUCGAAUGAAAGUUGGUCUUGUACGCACCAAUGCAUCCUCACGUUAUGCAGCUCUAUGGACAUAAUGAUCUCACAUGUUGACAUUAUAGGUACUACCUCUUUGUUGUCUUUGUUUGUAUAUAAUAAUUCCUCGUAAAUCACAUUAGUCAUAAUGAAAUUUUGAAUACUCAGGUUUUGGACUGAAGACAGUAUACACUAUUUAUUAAAAGGUUUUUAUUUUAUAUUUAGUUAGUAUUUACUAUUUUUACUAAUUAGUUUAUUUAGACAACUGAUUUUCUUGCUAUACUUAUGUUCCGAUCACUUUCUUUUUUAAGUUUUGUCUACAACCGGUUUUGACCAGUAUUUUUGUGAUUAGUUUUAAGUGAAUUUUUGUAAAUAUUGUACCUUUAGUUCAUUUAAAUUUGUCAUCAAUAAAUUAUA